AUGGGCGAAGUGGCCGACGAUCGCGACACAAUUUCCGAGUGGAAGUCGCUGCCCAUACACUCGCGACAAGAAGCCGUCGCAACGGACAGCGCAACUUCCUCUAUACGCGCAGACUCUCCCGCCUCGGUCGUAACCACCUCCUCUACAUCCUCGACGCAGAAAAAGAAGCGAAAGAAGGAAAGUCGCAGGAACAAGCAACAACAACAAACACCGCCUUCUCGUGUCGACACUCCGUUGUCCGCUGGCCCUACGGACGACGAACCAACAAUGACUUCUCUCCCACUCCUCGUCUGCAGUCUCGGCAACCCGGGCGCCGCAUACGCAAACACACUACACAGUGCCGGCCACAACGUCGUAGCCGCACUGGCGACACUGCUCCAAGCCGGCCAAUUCACAAAGGACCGCUCAUAUGGCAACGGCACCCUCACACGCAGCUAUAACCCAGAGAUGCCGUGGACGCUAUGGCAAUCGCCAACAUUUAUGAAUGAGAGCGGCAAAGGCGUGAGUGCCGCUUACCGCACCUGGGCGCGCGAGAACAAUAUGCAAGGUAGACUGGUGGUUGUGCACGACGAGUUGGAGAAGCCAUUGGGGUCGGUGACGAUAAGAGACAAAGAAGGGCUUUCUGCCAGAGGACACAAUGGGCUCAAGAGCUGUUUGGCGAGUCUGGGUGGUGUCAAGUUUGUGAGGGUGGGUGUGGGGAUUGGGAGACCUGUUAGCAGGGAGCCUAAUGAUGUUGCGAGAUAUGUCUUGAAGAAGAUGACCCCGGUGGAGAGACAGAAGGUUGAAGGUGCGGCUGAGGAUGUGUUGAACAAGUUGUUGGCCAUCAAGGGUUGA